GUACGACGAUGUUCAACGACAAAGAAGUUACAGUUAUUUUCGUUUUAGGCGGUCCAGGUGCUGGUAAGGGUACACAAUGCGAGAAGUUAGUAGCGGAUUUCAACUUCUGUCAUUUGUCUGCUGGUGACUUGCUUAGAGCAGAACAACAAAGGGAAGGUAGCAAAGAAGGUGAACUUAUUAGAAAUUACAUAAAGGAAGGUAAAAUUGUUCCGUCAUACGUCACACUCAAGUUGUUAGAAAACGCAAUGAAUGAGUCAAUCAAUGUAAACAAGAACAGUCGCUUCUUAAUUGAUGGGUUCCCACGUCAGAUGGAUCAAGCUGAAGCAUUCGAUGCUCAAGUCUGUAACUCAAAAUUUGCGCUUUUCCUCGAUUGUCCAGAGAAAACAAUGGAAGAUCGUUUAGCUAUACGUUCAAAAACUUCUGGCAGAGAAGAUGAUAACAUUGAAUCAAUUAGAAAAAGAUUCAAGACAUUCAUUCAAACUUCAAUGCCUGUCAUUGAAUACUACAAAUCUUUAGGUAAAUGUAUUCAAGUUGAUUGCACACCAGCAAUUGAUGAAGUUUACCAAACCAUCAAGGCUAUAGUUCAUGAAAAAAUUGUAUAGACUACAUAAUUAAUGUCGCAUUCCUUUAU